AUGCAGCUAUUCAGCUCACCCCAAGUUUGCAGUACUUUGUUUUUUGCUCAUUCCAGACGCUUGAUCAUGCUCUACCUGGCAUGGAUGGCGGUGAGCGUUUCCACGCUGGCUGGAACCUGGGCCAGUCAAGCACAUGUGGCAAUUACAGCUGGUGGCCACACGUCCGUAGUCAGACGGGAGAUGGACCAUCACAACGCGCUCCAAGCUGCUCAGGGCGAGUCACGUGAAGCACUCUUCAAAGAAGAGGUGCAGACACACAUGGCGACCUACAAAGGUUGCUACAAGAACGAGGGUGUGAACCGAGUCAACAAGCACGAAGGGAAGAUGCUGCUGAGCAUGUGCCUCCUGAAAGCCCAAUUCGGCAACAAGGCUUACAUCGGCAUGGAGUGGCCGCAGGGAUUUGACGCCGAAGGCGUGGCGGAAUGCAUGCUUCUGAGCUUCCUCCCCACGAUGGAAAAGGCGCCGGACUCCGAGUGCACAAAAGAGCUGGCCAUGGAUGUUCUGCGUCUUGGGAGUGCGAAUCGGCUGGCUGUCUAUAGUGUUGACAGCACGGCACAAAUCCUACCGCUGAUGGGCUGCUACGUCAACGAGGGCGCCAAGCGCAAGGGCGGCCACAAGUUGGACAAGACCAUACUCGAGUGCCUCAAGUUGGCGCGGGAGGACAGCAAGAGCUACAUCGGCAUGGAAUAUCCCGAAGGUUACGACCGCGAAGGUGCCGCCCAAUGUUUGCUUUUGGAUACCCUUCCGAACAUGGAUGGGGUUACCGACAAUUUCUGUGGCGGAGAAAAAGCUCUGAACGUGUACCCGCUCGGAGCAGCCCACCGCCUGGCCGUCUACAAGGUCCCAUCAUGA